UAUAAUUUUUCUAUCAAAGCCCAAUGCCUAAACCCUUCUCCCACAGAAAACGACCGCCAAAAGAGAGAUAAAAAAGAAAAAAAAAAUCUUUUGUUCUCUAUUAAAACCUCGUCAUAGCUCACAGUCUUCCAUUCCCAGAUUUUAGUUGAAGCUGAGAUUUUUAUGAGUGUUAAAAAACUCUAGGCAUGGAGAGAGUGUGGUGUAAAGUGGGAAAGUAAAGUAUAAAGGGAGAAUCUUUACUGUCUUAUGGCAUGCCAGAGUUACAAGGAGCAUUGCAUUGAAGAAAUUUCUUCAUUUUUCGAUUUCCUUUUUGUCUUUCCCUUCUGAGGAUCGAUUCUUAAAGUUGGAUCAAUUGAUUCUUCUUUGAAAAAAAAAAUAAGGCCAUGAAAAGUUUUGGGGUUCAUCUAUUCUUCCUGCUCUUUCUUGCUGCGAUCGCAUCUGUGACCGUGCAAGCAUUCACAGGAACGUAUGGCAUUAAUUAUGGAAGGAUUGCAAAUAACAUACUUUCACCUGAUGACGUUGUAACACUUCUUAGGGCAGCAAAAAUAAAGAAUGUUCGAAUUUAUGAUUUUGAUCAGAGUGUCCUUAAAGCAUUUAGUGGGACAGGGCUGGAACUUGUGGUUGGACUCCCAAACGAAAAUCUGAGAGAUGUGAGUGCCAAUGCAGAUCAUGCUAUGAAUUGGGUGAAGGACAAUGUAUUGGCAUAUCUUCCCGAUACACAUAUUCGUGGGAUCGCUAUAGGGAAUGAAGUCUUAGGAAGCAGUGAUGAAUUUUCAGGAUUUCUUCUGGGUGCAGUUAAGAAUGUUUACAAUGCAUUAGAUAAGCUUAAAUUAAGUCAUUUAGUUCAGAUUACCACUGCACAUUCACAGGCUGUUUUUGCUGAUUCCUUCCCUCCUUCAUCAUGUGUAUUCAAAGAUAAUGUUGUUCAGUACAUGAAGCCACUCUUAGAGUUUUUUUCGCAAAUUGGCUCGCCUUUCUGUUUAAAUGCUUACCCUUUUCUAGCCUACAUGUCUAAUAAAGACCAAAUUGAUAUAAAUUAUGCUCUCUUCCUACCAACAAAAGGAGCAGAUGAUCCAAAAACUAAGUUGCAUUAUGAUAACUUGCUUGAUGCUCAGAUUGAUGCAGCCUAUGCUGCAUUAGAAGAUGCUGGAUAUGGAAAGAUGGAAGUCAUUGUCACAGAGACCGGGUGGGCUUCACAUGGCGAUGAGAAUGAAGCUGCGGCAACCACAAACAAUGCAAGGACUUAUAAUUACAAUUUGCGGAAAAGACUUGCAAAGAUGAAAGGAACUCCACUCAGGCCAAAAAGUGUGCUUAAGGUUUAUGUUUUUGCAAUCUUUAAUGAAAAUUUGAAGCCUGGGCCAACAUCUGAGAGGAAUUUUGGACUGUUUAAACCUGAUGGAAGCAUCUCAUAUGACAUUGGGUUUCAUGGGUUUAAAUCUUCAUCUGCAGAUUCAUCACUGCUGUCUUUGAAGGAAAUUCGAGCAUCCAGUUGGUCUGGCUCCUACUCCAUAAUAUUAACGAUGGCUACUGCACUACUGCUUGUGUUGUGAAGAUGGUGAUUGAACAUUGAAUGCGUGUCGGGGCUCAUUCUGUUCUGCACUUGCAUUUUUGCAUUUAAUGCUAAGUCAGAACCCAGAAUUUAAUUAGUUUUAGGGUUACUACUUAUAUAUUUUUUUCAUUUCAAACCUUAGAGAACAAUCCAAUACACCUGAUUUUUGUACCUUUAGUAAACACAUGGUGGGGAAGUUGCUGAUUAUAAAUCUCAGAAAAAUGUAUAUCUCUUGUGCCUGAAUAAAUUCUUCUUAUAACUUUAGUUAGUAUAUAAAACAUACAUUUGUGGGGUUUCA